UUGUUUUUAUUUUUCAAUUUGUUACUGCUUACUAUGUAGAUUUUUUUUUAUUAAUUUGUUCUUGUUAUUCGCAUUGGUAGACAAAAAUGUAAAGAUGGAGGCGACUAUUAAGACCUCAGGGGCCUUAUUUAUGAAGCCAGGGUUAAUCUUUUCCCUGAGGCAGAAUCGGGAGCUCAAUAAAAACUUCUUGUUUUGGAAGUUAUGAAACUGUGUCCAGACCCCGCGGACACUAAUUUUUUGUUACAGGUUGUUAUGAAUGAUACAAACACAAAACUCAGCGCGUGUCAGAAGCAGACGUCUUCCUUGAACCAGGUGAGAGACGAACCCUAUUUAUUUUCGAUCGACGCGGAAUCCCAUCCCUCCAAAACAGGUUUACCCUUGAUGGAGACGGGCGUACCCGACACCGAACCGGAUGUGCGUCUGCCAAGCGGUGCGGGUGCGCAUGGCUUCACGCGAGACCAUCAGACGCGCGUGUUACCCAACUUGCCGCGCGAUGCCGCACGUGGCGGCUGCUGCUGCUGCCGUCUGCCGGCCUUACAUCAGCAAACCCCUGACAACGACGACGACGGCGUCAGAUCGGGGAGACUUUCACCACACACGUGAGCUAACUGUCCGGAGACAAACUUCGCGAACCUGGACAGUGUCUGCUGCGGUGAGGAGAGAAAGAAAGAGAGAGAGAAAAUUCCUCCUCCGUCGAGACAGAGACCUCUUGAACUCUGGUGCAGUUGGAGGACCUAACUUUUCCCGAUGCUACUCGGACCUGCAUGCUGAGUUAUCUGCCCUUGAACUCCACGUCACUCCUCGUCUGCAGGCAGCCUCGGCUCGCAGCCACAAGAGACUUUUGUCUGCCAUGACAGCAACAAUCAGGCAACCCUAGAUAGCACCAGUCACGAGUUCCAGAACAUCUCAAGAACGAAAGACAGUUCGAGGGAUGACAAAGAAGGGAAAUUCUGUUGUAUUGUCCCUUGAGCAACAGAGUCGAAGAAUAGAAGAAGCUCGGAAAGCCUGUGAAGAUGAAAUACUCCUCCAACCUGCAGCAGCUGACGGUCUGCGCUGCAAUGCAACAUGGGAUAGCAUCAUGUGCUGGCCACAGACGAUGUCCGGUGAGACAGCCGUGCAGCCAUGUCCCGACUACGUCCAUGGGUUCUACACUUCCGGAUUUGCCAGUCGACAAUGCAUGGACGAUGGCAGCUGGUUUGUUAAUCCCAUCUUCAACACCUCCUGGACGAACUACACUCAGUGUACAUUCGAUUCCUCGGAGCCUCAGCCCCAUGUUUCUGAGGCUCACCUGAACAGGAUAAAGGUGAUGUACAACCUUGGGUACGGAGUGUCGCUGGCAGCUCUCACAAUUGCUAUCUUCAUCAUGAUUUACUUCAGACGUCUGCACUGCCCCCGUAACACCGUGCAUCUCAACCUCUUCUCUGCCUUCCUGCUGAGGGCCGUGCUUUCGUUUUUGCGGGACAAUCUUCUGGUGGCUCACCUGGGACUACCUGAUGACGUCAUGGAGACAGUCCCUGGCGCCGUCGUGUUCAGGGAUGACGGCAGCACGCACUGGAAGUGCAAGCUGCUGUUCGCGGCGUUCAACUACGUGCUGGCCGCCAGCUGCAUGUGGAUCUUCGUCGAGGGGCUGUACCUCCACACUCUCAUCAUCGUCGCCGUCUUCUCUGAAAAGAAUCACAUUCGCUGGUACAUCCUGCUGGGCUGGGGUGGUCCUCUGGUGUUCAUCGUGCCAUGGGUGGUACUCAGAGCAACUGUUGAAGACACAUACUGCUGGAACACUCAUCCCACCAUCGCCAUUUUCUGGAUCAUCAAAGGACCACUGCUCCUUGCUGUGGCGGUUAACUUUGUCUUCUUCGUCAACAUUGUCCGAGUUCUCUUCACGAAGCUUGUGAAGACCGCACCACCUAAGGCCAGACGGUUUCGAUACAGGCGCAUGGCCAAGUCGACCUUGGUGCUGAUUCCACUGUUUGGUGUUCACUACAUCGUUUUUCUGGGCCUGCCUGAGAGGAUCAGUCUGAACGCGGAGCUCGUGAAGCUUUACUACGAAAUGUUCUUCAACUCCUUUCAGGGCUUCUUCGUCGCCAGUCUCUUCUGUUUCAUGAAUGGAGAGGUGAAAGCCGAAAUACGUAAGAAGUGGAUCCGAUACAAGCUGCGGACUAAUUCCAGAAAGUUCCAGAAAGUCUAUUGGAAGACUUCGUCGUCUCAGCUGACCCGGAAGCGAAGCAGGUCACACGAGAAUUCCAGUUCUCUCGAGAAAAGAGAUUCCAAGGAGCUGUACAGCUCUAGCUCGGAAAGCCCCAUAGAGCGUCAUCGCUUCAAGGUGCACAUCCAGAACUUGAAGUACAACUGUCAUAAUCUCCAUCCCGACAUGGUCGUCAACGAUGUCAAACCUAUCAUCUACUACGCUAAGAGAAACAGCUUCGUUUGAACUCCAAUGUGGUUUGUGUACAAAUUGUCACGUGACUAAAAUGUUGACUCUUUUUGAACAAGUGUGACCAAGUCACCGUCCGAGCAGGUGAGAAAGUCCAAUGUUACAGGUGAGCAUGGGGCAGACCCUCCGAGUAUUUAUUCUCCUCGCUUGCAAACAUUUCGUGACCGUUACUGUUGGUGGGACGCUUUCCUUCGCAUGUGACCAGCAAAACUUGUUGACACUAGAAGCAGCUGAAGAUUUCAUUGGAAAGAAAACAAUCAUAUUUAAAAAAAAAAAAGAAAACCUACAUAAAUUCCUCAUGUUCACAGGAAAUCAACGAUGCGUGCUGCUAUGUAGCCUGCCAGGUUGUCAAGACUACCUGCCAGGUGUUCUCCAGUGUGUUUAUUCCAUACAGAAGUUUUAUGUGUAUAAAAGUAUCAAAAUGACUGACUAUGAAUACUGGGAUGAUUAAUAAUCUAUCCUGUCUGACUCUUGUUUUUGACGGUUUUCUUUAUUCGAACAUUCUGCAGUUCUGUUGUAUGUCAAAGCCUCUCUUUCACUCCACAAAAAGUAUAUUCCAUUUCCUUAGAUUUCCCUCGUGAUAUGGCCUUUGCUGCUGACACGGCCCUAAAACAACAAAUAAAUAGACAUCGAUCUCCCUUUAAAUGAUAACCUAUUUUUCACAUUUCCCGUUAAUAUUUAUUAUUAAUAAUUUUUUCUCAUGUGCUGCAAAGUAAAAACAAAACAAAGUGCAUAUACCAUUUAUCAGCAAUUCAUCGCAUUCUCGCCUUUACUUUUUUUGUUCGUCUCUCACUUGAAAAUUAAAUUUUAAAAAGAA